UGUCAGCUCUCUCUCUCCCACACACACAUGCACACGCAGACGCACGCUCCCGCCGUGCAGCAGCAUCCCCACCAGACAAAACGUUGACGGAUCUUAGAUCUGCGGACUGCGGGCAAACGGAGUCCAAACCAAAACCGAAAGGGUCGGAACUGGAACUACCAGAACCCGAACUAACUGGACCAAAGGCGCGCGAUCCCCAAGAACGGGUGCAGCCGCUGUGGUUCUGCUUCUGCAGCAGGAAACCUGAAUCACAGAAGGUCCAUAUUCUGGGGUGGAUGAGGAUGAUGAUGAUGGUGAGCUCCUCGUCUACAGAGAAGAUGAAGAAAAAACCUCCGAAGGACAGUCUGACUCUACUGCCAUGUUUCUACUUUGUUGAGCUGCCCAUUGUGGCUUCUUCCAUGGUGUCGCUGUACUUCCUGGAGCUGACAGACGUGGUGCAGCCGGCUCAGGUGGGUUUCCGGUGCCAUGACAGAGACCUCAGCAUGCCGUACGUGGAUGGAGGAGAUGAGCUGAUCCCGCUGCUGAUGCUGCUGAGCCUCGCCUUUGCCGGCCCGGCUGCUUCGAUCAUGCUGGUGGAAGCAGUGAUCUACUGCCUGCAGCCCCACCUGAAGAUCCACAGAGCUGAAGGAAGCAUCAACGCCGGUGGCUGCAGCUUCAACUCGUUCUUGAGGAGGACCGUCCGCUUUGUAGGUGUGCAUGUGUUCGGACUCUGUGCGACAGCGCUGCUUACUGACAUCAUCCAGUUAUCGACAGGGUACCACGCCCCAUUCUUUCUCACCGUAUGUAAACCCAACUACACUCUGGCAGGCGUGUCAUGUGAUCAAAAUGCUUACAUCACCAAAGAUAUCUGCUCAGGACAUGACCAGCACGCCAUCAUGGCAGCCAGGAGGACGUUUCCUUCCCAGCAUGCAACUCUCUCGGCCUUCGCUGCGGUUUAUGUUUCGAUGUACUUUAACUCCACCAUAUCCGACUCCACCAAGUUGCUCAAGCCAGUCCUGGUGUUUGCGUUUGCCAUCGCAGCGGCGCUGUCGGGCCUGACUCAGAUCACGCAGCAUCGAAGCCAUCCUAUCGAUGUCUAUGUGGGUUUCUUGAUUGGAUCUUUUAUCUCUGUGUACCUGGCGCUUCACGCAGUCGCCAACUUCAAGUGUUCGGAUGAGUUCGCUCAGGCUGCACCCCCUCCCCCUCCAAUGGAAGAUCCUUUGCGAGCGCUGACAGAGCGUGGACACGAGUCGGUGUACAACAAGGGCCCUGCCUCUGCCUCUGAGAGUAAUGAUGAGAUAGCAGCGGCUCCGGCACCCAUAGAGCGACUGGAAGGCCUCGGGCCCCUGCAAAGGGAGAAGGGCUCCAUGGGGAGCCUGAAGAGGGCCAGUGUUGAUGUGGAGCUGCUGGCCCCUAGGAGCCCGAUGGGAAAAGAGACCAUGCUGACAUUCAGCAACACCCUGCCAAGAACAAGCAUGAAUGUUAACGGACCUUUUGGCACUAACGAGGUCCUGGGCGAUCUGGUGCCAUCGAUUCAGCCAGUUCAGCGUCGUCUGAAGGCUGUUCAGGUACCAGUGGACCCAAUGAGGUCACAACAGCUGAUGACAGAAUGGAAGCAGAAAUCUAUGGAGAUGCGAGGCCUAGGGGCUCGAGAAGAUGUGGAUUGUGAGCCCAGUGAGGACGGUUCUGAAGUAAGCUCUGUUGGGACUGACGAUGCUGGUUCUCAGGCCCCAAUCUACCAGCCCUCAGUGCAACCUGUGAGGGCAGGCUCAGGUCGCAACCCCACACCUCCUCCUCCAGGUGGCGCCAAAGCAGUAGCAACUCCUAGACCACCACAGAUUCCUGAAGCUGGACCCCCACCGGUGUCCCCAAAAAGCGCCUUGACUAGGGCCAAGUGGCUUGCCAUCCGGGAGAAGACAAGUGGGGAGGGAUCGGGUCGGGGUGCUGCCAAUCAGCCUCGUCUCAUGCAGAUCAUUGCCAUGUCGAAGCAGCAGGGUCUUCUUCCCUCCUCUUCCUCCUCUGGCGAGAAAUCCUCUGAGACCACGUCCACCGGCUCUGGCACCUCCUCCAACACAGACUCCCCACACUGUCGCCAUCCCUCAGAACAACAGCGGGACGGACCAGGCAUCAUAACAGUGGAUGCCCACGCCCCCUACCAUCCUAUUGUACAAACCUCACCCCUUCCACAGGCCCCACCCCUGGCUGGAAACGGAAAUCCAUGGGAGUGGGUAGCGGCGUCCAAUGGAGAUGGCCCACGAGAUUCCUACGAGCUCAACAAGCUUAACAGGGGAGACUCAGCUACCCGUGCAAGCAGCUUCUGUCCACGCCGCUCAGCCUCGCCAGCUGCUGCCACUGACCCAACCUUACAUGUGGGGCUGUCGCCUGACGCUCAGCGCAAGGAAAUGGCCAUGAGACGCAAAACAGCACUAGUUCUGUUGGAUCGAGAGAUCCGUAACCAGACUGAGCAAGAGAACUAUUAUAAGAGUUUGCAGGGACGGAGGUUCAAGGAUUAACCUGUUAACCUGCAAGGUAAAAAGGCCUUGUCCUGAAACUGGUCACUGUCACCUCAAAAUACCCCAACAAUAAAAUACUCUGAGGAAAUGACAUCUGAAUGAUUCGACACCUGAAUGGUACUACACCUGGACUAUAUGACAUCUGGAGAGACGUUACCUGGACGGUACACUGUUGGACUGUGUGACACGUGGAUAAUAUGACCCCUAGAUGGUAUGACACCUGCAUGAUACAACCCCGGGACACUAUAACACCUUGACAGUACCACAACUGGACAAAAAAAACUGAAUGGAAUGACACCUGAGGGGUCCAACUGGAUGACAGAACUUUGGCAAUAAAACAACUGGACCAAAUGACACCUAGUCAAUACAGAACCUGGACCUUAUGACACCUUGCUGAUUCACCACCGGGACUAUAUGACACUUUGACAGUGUGACAUCUAGACGAUACGACACCUUGUAGGAACCAAUAAUGUAACGAUGCUCAAAAAUAUAAUCAGUUUGGCCAUUUUAAAGUAAUAAAGCUAAGAACUGAAUAACUGGAUGAUAAUGUAGCAAAGCUUUUUAGCCAAUAACAAAAAACAUGUUUUGCCAAUAAUGUGAUCAUAAAAUUAUUAUAGAUAUCAACUGUCUUGUAAAUUAUGAUAUUGUUCAAGAAUUAAUUCUUAGAUAAGCUUUAUUAACCAUAAAUAAGGAGGUGAAUGUCGCGUAUUUUGUAUCCUUGAUGUUUGAAUAUGAAAUCUUUGACAUCCACCAUGUUUGAUGAAAAAACUGCAAAAAAUCUGUUAUUUGAAAAACCUGUAAUAUUUAUUAUGUAUUAUUACGUUAUCAGCUGUAGUUAUUACGAUUCAGAAGGUUUUUUAUGUUAUGCCAGUGAUGUAAUAACUUAUUAAUGUUAUUGUGUUAUUGGCUCAAAAACUUCAUUACAUUAUGGGUCGAAACACUCUGCUGCUCACUCCUGGUAGGCGGCGUGGGCAUCCACCGCUUGCACCUUGGAACAAUAUUUUGGAAGGUGAAGCUAAACGCAGCUGAUGAUAAGUCUUUGUUUCAGUUUGAAAACUGGUCCUAAGUCAGUGGACAUCAUGUCAUGCCUUCCAGCUACUGGGAACUACUUCAUACAGCUUUGUUGCACUAAGCUGGCACCUUGGCUAAGAGGAAGUGACAUCAGGGUAUUAGAUCUAUUGGCUUUAUUACGUUCAAAGUGCCAAAAAUGAUGAAGUUAUUGGUUGGGACACUCUGCGGCGGUAUGACACCUUGAGAGCGCUUCCAUCAUGUCUCAGCAGAAAAGAGCUCCUACCGAAGUACAUCUGCAUCUCUGAGAGAGGACAUCCACAGUGAUUGGUCUGAGGUCAAAGGCCACACAGACAGAUCCUAAAAUAUUUUUUCUGGAAGCACAAAACAGCAGCAAAUCUUAACCAGAACCAGAACUGUACAGAAACAGCCAAACAGCGGAACCUGAACUGUACUUAAAAACCAAGAUGAGACCCAAAACCCAAUAUCAGAACCAGAGCCAUACUGCAGAACCAGAACCCCGGAUCCAAAUUACACAUCUCCUGGUCAUGUGUUUGUUGCCAUGGUGACGGUUGAGUUGCCACAGUGACAACUCAGAUGUCGUGGCAACAGCUUUAUUGCCAUAGUGACAACUCGGUUUUAGCUGUGUUGCCAGGGUGAUCUCUUAGUUGAAGCAGUGACUGCGGCACUCUGGCUUUGUUGCCAUGGUGAUGGUUCAGUUGCUGCGGUAAUGUCUUUGUUGUCAUAUGUUAGUUGUCUGCUGAUUGGCUGAAGUUUUGUCAGGUGUUUGAUGCUGAUGUUUAUCUGCUGACAGCAGCUGGGUUGUAGUUAACUUACUGCAGGGCCACUGUGAGAAAAAAGGCAUUCUGGGUAUUGUUGUUUUUGCUGACAGAGUGUAGUCCCGUGACUGUUUAUCGUUCUGUUUAUUUCUCUAGUAAUUUAUUGUGAAAAAUGGCAUUUUCUUUCUCGCGUGGCUCAGAUUCUGGCUCACAUCUAAACAGAUCUCCUCAGCAUGUGAUGUCAAUGAUUAUUGAUCAGAAACAUGCCAUGACCGCCCAUUCUAACCAUCUCCACAUCUUAUCAGGAUUUGAUGUUGUAAAUAAUAACUUGGAGUGUGUGGAGACAUGAAACUCCAAUCAGGGUGAGGAUCUGUGAGUGCUGGGCAGUGAUCUAUAAAACUAGUGAGAUCUAUUCUGUCCCUGCUGCUGCAUGUGAUCACAUCCUGAAAACUGUUUCCGUCUGAAUGUAAAACUAUGAAGCUUCACUACAUCAUGUGACUAACUGCUGCUAUAAAAAGAUCUCCAUCUGUCAGACUGAAGAUGAUGCUGCAUGCUUUGUUCUCGCCACGAUCAAGAGGCUAAAAUAAAACUGUUCUUUAUCA